AUGGCGAAAAGCGACUACAUUUCACUUAGCAAUGCGAUCACGGACGCCAGUCCAGCCGACUACCUGCAGUGCUUCUGUGACGCGCUAGACUGUGAGCUCGACGAGGCGAAGGACGCAUUGCGCAAGUUGAAAUCCGUUAAAGGCGGGGCUCUUCGACUGGGUUUGGCGGUUCCGAUCCGUGUUCUUCGCGCGACGAGGGUGGCGACGUACUCUUUCGACCUUGAACCGGUCUCGGUUGAGCGAAUUGACGUACUGGAGUCGAAGCUGCGUGACCAGCAGGACGAGUUGGAGCGUCUCCGUGGAGAAGUUGAUGGAGGGCAAGAGGUUUCGUUCAUUGAGUUGGUGGCAUCGGCGAAGGAUGCGAGUAGAUCGAAUCUUUUGUGGCAAGGUGUUGGGUCAAGCAACUUCGCAGUGGACGAAAACCUCGGUGAAGUGAAAAUUGGUCACCCAGGCGUUUAUACCAUUGCCGUCGUGUCGAACGCUGUUGCGUAUAGCCACAACCAAUUGUCUUACCUGAUGAAGAACGGCGACGUGCUGCAGACUGUUCACUGCCGAUAUCAGAGCAAUUAUGCGAGUACUUCGACUUUGAGUGUUAUUACGCGUCUGGACGCUGGAGAUGUGCUGACUGUCAAGUGCGAUUGUGAUAUCGCAAGCGCUUCUUACCUGACGAUUGCUCGACUUGGCUGUUGA